UUUCUAACCCUAACGUGGCAGGAUUUGAUUGGCCAACCGAACCCACUAAGCACCAACUAAGACCUCUGUUCUGACAUAUAACUCCUGAAAGCGAAGCCUCGGAGAUUCUCUUACUUGAACUUGUUCGGUUUUUCAAAGACAUGGAGCAUUUGGAAUCAGUAGAAGACUCAUGGCCUGAAUUUACACUUGCUGAGAUUAAGGAAUUGUUGAGUACAUAUAAGGAGUUAGGUGAAGCAGCAUUGAGUCAGGAGUUUUGCCAAGCGCUCGCAACCAGUUUUAGUUUUUCUGCGCAUCGUGCUGGGAGACUGGCCAUUCCUUGGCAACAGGUGCAAAGUUGGUUCUUGGAUAGGCUGAAAGGCUCACGAACUAAAGUCCAAUCAUCUUCAUCUAAGGCCUUCAAUUUUUUUGCUAAUCUUUCUCGUGAAAUUUUUCCAAGCAUUGAACGUGAGACUUCUGAGAAACCUAAAGGUAGCCGAGUGUCAGAACUAAAGGAAUGCCAAUUUGAAGCCUUAUCAGCAAAAGACGCUGCAUGGUAUGAUGUUGCCUCAUUCCUUACCUACAGGGUUACACAUGCUGGUGAACUUGAAGUACGUGUACGAUUUUCUGGAUUUAACCACGCAGAAGAUGAAUGGGUAAAUGUAAAAGAGGGUGUUCGUGAGCGAUCUAUUCCUUUAGAACCUUCAGAGUGUCACAGGGUCAACGUUGGAGAUCUUGUGCUGUGCUACAAGGAAAGGGAAGAGCAAGCAGUCUACUGUGAUGCCUAUGUUGUAGAAAUCAAAAGGCGGGUACAUGAUAUAGAAGGUUGCCGGUGCAUCUUCCUGGUUCGCUACAGCCAUGACUACACUGAGGAAAAUGUUGAUUUGGGGAGGCUGUGUUGCAGGCCUGGACAUUAAAAUCUGAGGCAGCCGUUGCAUUCAAUCGGUCUGCAUUAGGCUGAAAAUUGAAGAUCAUAUUUUCCCUUUAAAUUGAUUGGUUAGUCAAAAUUACUACCAAAAUAAAUUACCUAAAAGAUAAUUGAGAUUAUACUGUGUUUCGCAUACAUGGUAUAGAUAAAUAAUUAUUAUAUUUAAUUAGCGGUACUAAAAGAAAUAUGAGAUAUUAUUUUACUUAAA